UAAGUCUCGUCAUGUGACCUCCGAGAAAUUACGAUACUUGUUACUUCCGGGUACAAACAAAAGUUAACGACAUGGCGCUUUCGAUUAGAUAUUGGUCUAAAUAUGUCGAUGGCCACGCAAAGCUUCUAAGGAAGAGCGAGGCAUCGGUGGAGAGCGACAGAGUGCUCCGUUUUGUUCUUGACGACGCAAGAGUUAUUUCAUCAUAUGUGCAGGCUUCCAUGAAAAACACGUCGUAUAAAGUUCAGAUUACUCUGGACGAUGAAGAUAAUGGUGAGGUGAAAUCAACGUCAUGUCAGUGUCCAUUAGGAGAGUUUAAGUGUCACCAUGUUGCUGCAACAUUGCUAUUUGGGUAUAAACGAGCAAGCAAAACUGAUGUUAAGUGUAGUUGGUUGAAAAAUCCAAAAUCUGCACCCCCGAAGACCACACUGACAAUGAGUGAACUAUAUCCUCCUAAGCAACCAGAAUACAGACGGCACCUUAUAGUUUCCACUGAUAAAGUUAGAGAAACUGCCGCUCUCACCAUUGGUCAAAGGGAGAAUUCUUUGUGGGCAGCUGUCCGAAAAUUGCGUUUCACUGCCUCAAAUUUUGGACAAAUUAUUGCUGCAGCAAAACAUAAUAGAUUGUCAAUUUCAUUAAAGAAAAGGCUUUUAAGUGCCUACAACCUUGAAAAAAGAGCCCCUAUUGAAUGGGGUAUUAUCCAUGAAAAAAAUGGUUUAGAGGCAUACAGUGAGAAAGGAGAAGUAACUGUUAGGCAGACAGGUAUAUGGCUUCAUGAAUCAGGUAUCCUUGGUGCAUCUCCUGAUGGUUUUGUACAAGGAGAAUUCAACAAGAAUUCAAUAGUUCACCAACAGUUAACAGACCAGGAUGAAAUUUUGCCAGACAUUGUUGAGGUGAAAUGCCCUUUCUCAGCUAGGGAAAUGACAGUAAUUGAAGCUUGCCAAUCCAUUAAAGGGUUUUUUCUUGAAUUGACUAGUGAUGGAAGGAUUAGGCUGAAAGAAACUCAUGACUACUGGCAUCAGAUUCAGGGACAGCUGCAUAUUACAGGUGCUUUGUGUUGUGACCUAGCUGUGUGGACUACUAAGGACUUACAAAUUGUUCGGAUAGUCAAGGAUAAAUUGUGGGCAACAAACAUCUCUAUAAUGGUGGACUUUUAUUUUAACAAGUUCAUACCAUCAUUGUAAAAAGUGUGUAACUAGAACUAGAUAUUUUGUUCAUAAAGAAAACUUCUAGCAUGACCUGCAUUGUUCGCUAUUGAACAUAGAAGAACCAAAAGUGUGUGUUAUUAUGCAAUAAAAUCACUGUUGACAUUCUAUAUUUUGACAUGUGACAUUAUUAUAGAUGUGAAGAAACCACUAAAAACGGACUUGCUGAAAUAAGUACGGAAACAAAUCCGGCGCAAUUUAGCUUAAUAAGUAUGGCAGCAUUUAUUUGUUAAUGUUGUGUUAGAAUCGAAAUAAUAUAUACAAUUUGGUGAUUGUAUUGCUUGAUAAAAUCACUGUUUGUUCAGAUGCACAUCAUAACACGCAUCAAAACUCCAUACAGUGAUUUUUUUCCCAACUUGUUCAAAAAAUUUAGUAUUGAAUCUACACAAAUAUAAUAUUCUAUUUAUCACAUAUAUAAAAUAAGAAUUGUAAAUUGUUAAAGAGUCAUUUUCAUUGUCUCGCCUAUGGUGUAACGCUAACAUUAGCGCGUUUUAACGCUAUGUUCUUUUAUAUAACACAAAUGAUGUCAUGUCACUGUUAUUACACCGGGUAAUAUUAUUUUUGUGUCGCCUCUACGGAGUAGUGGCGACAUAAAGGGAUCACUUCUCCGUCGCCUGUCCGUCCGUCCGUCGGUCACAAAACUUGUCCGGACUACUCCUCAUAAACUACUGGUGCAAUUUCAUCCUAACUUUACAGGAAUGAUCAGUACCAAGUCUAGUUGUGCAUAUUUUCAGCAUUUUCUGGUUCAAUGAUUUUUGUCAGAGUUAUGGCCCUUUAAUAAUUUUUAAGUUUGUCCAGACUACUUCUCUUAUACCACUAAUGCAAUUUCAAUGAAACUUUACAGGAUUGAUCUGUAGCUCAAGUCCAUAUUGCAAGGGUUUUCUGGUUGAAUGAUUUUUGGCCGAGUAAUGGCCCUUUGAUAAAAAGGUUUCUUUUUAUGUGUGUUGCCAGAUUCACAAAAGCUUGUCCGGACUUCUCCUUAUGAACUACAAGUGCAAUUUCAUCCAAACUUUACAGGAAUGAUCAGUACCAAGUCUAGUUGUGCACUGUUCGUCUGUCACAAAAUUUGUCCCAACAUCAAAUUGGCCAUCAUGACGUGACACAUGUGAUUUCUGAUCGCUCUUGUUAUUAAAUGGCUUUAUUUCACUCCAGUGCCGCAUAUUAUGUGAUUAAAAUGCAUAUGUACUGGACA